AAGAUAAGGAAAAUGAAUAUUAUGCUGAUGAGAAUAAAUAUGUUAACUGUUUAGUAAAAUCUCAAGAAAUCAACAUUAUUGAUAAUAAUCUUAAAAAUAUGAAUUUAGGCGAGGAUAAUGAAGAGGAUAGUGAUUUAGAAUAA